UGAGAAUUUAGAUCAAACAGGCUGGAAAAAACUGAAGAGAAUAUACUGCAGAGGUUAUUUAUAGUGUCCACUGCAUCAAUAACAUGAACUGACUCUCGAACUGUUAUUCCUUACCUAAGCCCUUGCUUGUCCAAUUCCAAAUCCAGGAUUGCCAAAUCCCUGCUACUCACUUUUGUGCGAUCGAUCUCGAUCUUUGACACACAGACUCAGACAUCCACCACAGAGAUGUCAGAUCUCUCCCGUACUAGUAGCUCCCAGGUCCAGUUUGUGCGAUCGAUCUCGAUCUUUGACACACAGACUCAGACAUCCACCACAGAGAUGUCAGAUCUCUCCCGUACUCGUAGCUCCCAGGUCCAGCCGCCUACUGAUCCGGGGGAGGAGGUCAGGUUCCGGGAUUCUUUUGACAAAGCAGCCGAAGUUUUUGGGUUGAACUUCAAGUUCCACGCAGUGGAAACGAAGAUCCAUCGGUUCCCUGAGGGCCUACGAGGCCUUGGGGAUCGGUACAUCGUCCCUAUGGCCGUGGCCAUCGGGCCUUACCACCACGGCUGCCGCCGGCUGAUGGAGAUGGAGAAGGUGAAAGACGCUGCUGCCCACCACUUCAUCGAGCACACAGGAAGCACAUUCGAGGUCAUCUGGGAAACGUUCUACAACGACACGGUCCAAGCACGCCGCUACUACGCCGAACCCGUAAUGCAGAGCAUCAGCGACGCCGCCUUUGUUCGUAUGAUGUUCUGCGAUGCUUGCUUCUUGCUGCAGUAUAUGCUUUCCAUACCUAGUUCUCACACCAGUCCCACUCCUAGUUCUCACACUAGCCCCACUCCCAGCAAACAUCUUCAUAAGGUGGAUGAGUCGUUGCGAAACCUUUUCGUCUCCAACCGAGCUUCCAUCGAGAAUGACAUCAUGCUGCUAGAAAACCAGCUGCCCUGGACGGUGCUCAAAGCCCUCAUGAAGUUGUGGCAUGUGCAUGAGGUGGAUGUCGAUGAGUUCAUUGUAAAGAUGGGGGCAAAAUUUGAUAUCCUCUCCAAGCACAACCACAUGCUGUCCAAUACCAGAUCUGCUUCUGUCGCAGAUCAUCAUCGAUACAGUCCACCACAUCUCCUUGGCCUCCUUCGAUCUCAUAAGAUAGCGGCAUCCAAAGAAGCAGAUGGAGACUCACAAGUUGAACCAAUGAAAAUGUCGGUACCUAUUGGUGCCAGUCAGCUUGAAAUAAAUGGCAUCAAGCUGACAGCCAGCAAGUCUGCAGAGUUCAACGGCGUAGAAUUGACGAAAGGAUUCUUCUACGACAAGUUCUCCCUGGCGCCACUAUCCCUUGACAGGACAACGGCAUGCUGGCUUGUCAACAUGGCGGCUUUUGAGGUAUGGACAGCUGCAAGUUUCUCGGAGGGUUCUGAGAAGACUGCUGUUAGCUCGUACCUCGCUCUCCUUGCGAUGCUCACGGAUCGGGAGGAGGACGUACACAAGCUAAGGAAAGACCGUUUGGUGCGUACAGAACUCACCGACAAGCAAACGCUUGAAUUCUUCGACAAAAUUGUCGAACACAUAUCCCCUGGCCGCUGCUACAUCAAAAUCCUGGCAGACAUGGAUGAAUGCAAGCGCAAGAGGUGUGUUCGGAUCAGUGUGCACAAGUUUGUUUCCAGAAACUCUAAGGCCAUUGUUACGGUGCUCACCAUUAUUGGUGUUCUUGUGGGUAUCUUCAAGACGCUCUUCACUCUGAUGCAGCCACGCCAAAUAUCAUAAGGCUCACCGUAAGCAUAUAGUACAUAUAUAUGUAUCCAAAUGCUAUCUUCAGUGACUUGGUGUUGGAUGUGGUGCACUUAACUGCCUCUCGGCAGAAUUCCUUGUUCGCGUGUAAUUCUUUGCGUCUAUGUCUUUGUAAGGUUGAUCAAUUGUUGUAUUUGCAUGGGCUAUCAAGUUUAAUUAAUUAGUACUGUAUUUAUAUUUACCAUACAUAUGCGAUGUGACUGAUUUUCCCUGUUCUUUUAAA